GAGAAAGAAACACCAAGUUUGUCGCAAUUGCUUUAACACCAUCAAUUCCCCAGCCGCAUACGAUACAUUCCACAUCAAAAGCGCAGAUACGGAUACGAUACCCACUCAUCUUACUAGGUACUUAUCGAUACCAUCGAUACCUAGGUAGUCUUUCAAGGAAAUCGACCUUUGGAAGCUCUAUUUAAAACAUACGAGUGAUUUCUACUUUCAACCCCUUUGAAAGGAGCUCGAUUGUAUCCUCUUACAAAUCUAAAAGCUUUCUGAGACAAAUUUAAAAGCAGAGUUGUGGUUGCAUUCUGCUAUCGUCUUGCUUUGAAUUGGUUAUGACCUCAUGGUUCGCUGAUACCGAUAUUUGAGGAAUCCAGAAUAUCAAUUUUACCCCAGAUAUUCAAUCGACAGGAACGAAACUUCACCCCGCUCUAAAUAAUACUUCUUGCUAUCGGAGAACUAUCACUCACGAUGGUCACCCGAAAGCCCGUUCCCCAAUCCAGCAUCCCUUCCAACAACACCUCCUCGCCGCCAUACCCCAUUACCCCAGUAUCUUCGGAUCCACAUCAUAUCCCCCGCCCCGAAAGGAAUCACAAUGUGAUUUAUGAUCAUCCUGCAGAUAACAUAGAGCCUAAUGUUUGGAAUGAAGAGGAACAUUCUCAUCCCGAUCCCAAAAGCCUUCCCGACGCUUUAAGAGUUGGGCCAUCGACAAUCCCUCCCAAGUCUUCUCAGGAUAUGCUAAAACCCAAUUCCUCAAUCACGAACCCAUUUUUAAGAAGGCAGCAAUCACAAAGUUCGCAAAGUGCAGUAUCCGAUGGAAAGGAAAGUAGUGCAGAUAUCUGGAAUGAGCUCACAGAGAAACCCACACAGCCGGGUUAUCCACCACCACCUCCUCCUCCUCCAAUAUCUCAAGUAACUCAACAAUUUUCGAACUUGGGAGUUUCUGGGCAAGACACAAACCCUUGGCAACCCAUCACGAACGAAAAGCUGCCAUUACAAACAUCCAGCCUUCAACGCGAAGAUUCAGGAAACGAAGCCUGGUCAGGCGCAAAUCCCGCAAACAUCGUUACCUCUUCCGGCUUGUCCCAAAAUUCGCAACAAUCACUUUUGGUAGAUAUUGAUGAGCCUGAAUCUCCAGCAUGGGAUGAGGAUGAUUAUGACGAUGGUGAAGAGGAAGAAGGAACGCCAGUUAGCCCCAAGAAGUCGACAUUACCUACGCACGAAACGCAGGAGAUACUAGAAGACCAACAUGCAUGGGACUCUACUCAUGGCCAAAGUUCGAAUCAGUCACAAACGAUUCCAGUUCAGUCCUCUGGGAACGCACAAUAUUCUAACCCUCCUGCGGAAGGGUGGAAUUUAAUUGAUCAUGAUACCAUACCAGAGAAUGUUCAGCAAAGUGGAGUAGUCGGUGCAGAUGGCACAGAGAUUUUUAGAAUACCCUCUGAGGAAAUUGCUCCAGCGCUUCCACCGCGCAACUCUCAAGAACAUCCUCCUCCCCAGCCUCCGCGCCCAGUCUUAGAUGCGGCAAACACAAGUACAAUACCGAUUACGACACCUGGUGUGUCAACAGCUGCUCUAAGACAGAAGAAAGAGACGUACGAGAUUAAGAAAAUAUCUUGGCAUGACAUCAAUGCCCAACAUAACCCCAGAAUUUCACCUAUUCUGGUACAAAAUGCCAAUGGACCUUGUCCUCUGUUGGCUCUUGUGAAUGCUUUGACUUUAUCGACACCCGCAAAUGUGGAAACUGCUCUAGUGGAGACACUCCGGUCGCGAGAGCAGGUCAGUCUCGGAUUAUUGCUCGAUGCAGUUUUUGAUGAACUCAUGUCCGGGCGACGUGGAGAUGCUGCACAAGAGCUUCCAGACGUGGGCGAUCUAUAUUCCUUUCUGCUAACACUCCAUACGGGAAUGAACGUUAACCCCCUCUUCUUUCCCGUUGACUCUACUCAAUCAGCGAAUGACCCCAGAAACUCAAUGCCACACAUUCAUCCUGCGCAGCGUGAGAGUUCGCUUCCAGGUACAUUUGAGGAAACUCGUGAAAUGAAAUUAUAUGGUACCUUCUCUGUGCCUUUGAUUCAUGGUUGGCUCCCCGAGGAAGAAUCGCCUGCUUACAUGGCACUCAAAAGAUCCGCUAAAUCGUAUGAAGACGCACAAAACCUGAUGUUUCAUGAAGAGGUAUUAGAAGAAAAGUUAGUUGCUGAAGGUCUCAGUUUCGAGGAACAAGGGAUCCUAGAGGAUAUUUCAACUAUCAAAGCUUUUUUUAUCUCCGCAGCAACUCAGCUUACAGCUCACGGCUUGAAUCUCAUAACUAAGUCUAUGAGUCCAGGUGCUGUAGCCAUUCUAUUUCGAAAUGACCACUUUUCCACAAUCUUCAAACAUCCGACAACUCUUCAACUAUUGCAGCUCGUGACAGAUUCUGGUUAUGCCGGACAUGCAGAAGUUGUAUGGGAAGGCCUUAUUGAUGUUAAUGGAGAAAGGGCUGAGUUUUAUUCUGGUGACUUUCGUUUAGUCGGUGGACCUUCCACUCUACACCAAGGAAAUGAAGAAGGUAAUUGGACCACAGUCACUGGCCGUAGAAACAAUAAUCGAGUUGAAAAUUCACAUGACGCACCAUUGGGGAAUCAACAAGAAUCGCAGAAUCACGAGCAAGGUACGACCACAGAACAGGAAGAUCACGAUUUCGCCUUGGCACUACAACUGCAGGAAGAAGAGGACGAGCGUAACCGAAAUGAAACCGCACGAAGGCAAAGAGAGUCGGAGCUUUCACAGCAGUACAUUGAGCAACAGGGGAGCAGCAACAAUAGUAGUAAUGUCCCUGUUAACCAGCGGGGCGGUAGUGGACGGGGUAGUACCAGAGGCCGUGGAGUCAAUGUCCCAGUCCGAGGAGGGUCAAUUCGUGGUAGUAAUAGUACACGAGGUCGUCCCGCAAUUCCUCCUCGCAACAGUAAUGUAGCCACUCCUGCCGUCGACCCAGAAGCAGGUAUUGAUGCACCACCUCCCACAUACGAGCAAGCUGCUACCGAACCAGCUUACCAACCUCCAGAUAAUCAUCCUGCACAUCCAAACGCAGAUCCAAGCCGGAGAACAAGUGCUUAUACAGCAACCGCUGAUAGUCAGCAACGUCCGCCAGCUAGCGCUACAGGUCGCCGUAAUACGGCUUCUCAUGGUGGCAUUAGAGGGGGUAGUCAGACGCUCAUAGAUCAGGUUCCUGGGCGCAGGAUUCAAGCCCCAAACCAAGGGCUACCGACCCCUCAACAGCCAGAGAGGCAGAAAGAUUGUAUCGUUAUGUGAUUAUUGCAUUUUAUGAAUACAUGGCAACGAUGGAUAAGCAAUUGGGACAUGAAAUGAGCGGAAUUUUAAGCCAGGCGUUUGGGCAAUAGGCAUAUUGAUUUACAAGAAGGAAUAUAUCACGAGCUACGGGUGGAUGAGGGAAAUAUUCUUAAUGUAAGAGUUGAGGCCCCGGCUUAUCGCACACUAGCCGAAAACACACCAAAAACCUUCAUUUCUUCAACUUUUGAAUUAUAUAUUAUUUCAAUAAAUAUAGAAAUGAAAUUAUCGAAAUUGAUAUAUAUUAUAAUUAAUUAUUAAAAUUAUUCAAAAAAAUGAAUGGAUUAUUUUUAGUAUUUUUUUUGAUAUAGUUGUAGGUUUUCAAAGU